AGGGCUGAGGAGGCGUGUAGCUUAUGGCUGCAGCUAGUUCCAUGUUGGGAAUGAUAUUUGUUUCCUGCUGCAAGGCAUAGCUAUUUAAUCUCAACUAUUGUCUUAUGAUGUUGGGUUUUCUUUUGGAGAGAAAUUGUCUUUGCUUUAGCGUGUCUGUCUGCGUAAACGAUGCAAAUGGGCGUUGAGAUGGGAAGGCAGGGGGCAGUGUCUGUCAGCCAGGAUACAGCCCGCUGGCAUUCAUAUAGUAGUUGUUGUUUCCAUGGAAACGGGAGACUGAUCUCUUCCUAGUUUGUUUGCCAGAAUGGAACAAGAGCUAUAACUGGCCACCAUCCAGAGCUCAUGGUUACAUCACAGGCCUAUGAGCCCACCCCUCACUCCUAUUAUUAGCUCUGCUGGUGCAGCCAGGGAUGCUCACAGGGUUGUGUAAUGGGCUGACCACGGCAGAGACGGGCACACUAGGUUCAUUCACAUCAUCUGACUGGAGCAGCCCAGUGCUGUGCGUCAUAAGCAGAGGGCGCUGAACUGAGCAACAAAGGUGUGUACACGCAUGAGGCUGUUGUCCUGCAGAUGAGCCGUUGGUGGGGGCUGUCACGUCGCUGUCGCACAUAAUACCUGGCGGCGGCGGUGGCACUGGCACGUCCCCCCCUCAGCAUGCCCAACACCAGCCGGGCGGGGAGCCUCAAGGACCCCGAUGUUGCUGAGCUCUUCUUCAAGGAGGACCCUGAGAAACUCUUCUCGGACCUGCGAGAGAUCGGACAUGGCAGCUUUGGGGCCGUCUACUUUGCCCGGGAUGUGCGGACCACUGAAGUGGUGGCCAUUAAGAAGAUGUCUUACAGUGGAAAGCAAUCCAAUGAGAAAUGGCAAGACAUAAUCAAGGAGGUGAAGUUUUUGCAGAGAAUACAGCAUCCAAACAGCAUAGAGUACAAGGGAUGCUAUCUGCGAGAACACACUGCCUGGCUGGUGAUGGAGUACUGUCUAGGAUCUGCUUCAGAUGUCCUGGAAGUUCAUAAAAAGCCUCUACAAGAAAUGGAAAUCGCAGCAAUUACUCAUGGUGCUCUUCAGGGGUUAGCUUAUCUUCAUUCCCACAACAUGAUUCACCGAGAUAUCAAGGCAGGGAACGUCUUGCUGACCGAGCCUGGCCAAGUGAAGCUUGCAGAUUUCGGUUCUGCCUCCAUUGUCUCUCCAGCCAACUCUUUUGUGGGGACGCCAUAUUGGAUGGCCCCAGAGGUAAUCUUGGCUAUGGAUGAGGGUCAGUAUGAUGGGAAGAUUGACAUCUGGUCUCUGGGAAUAACCUGCAUUGAAUUAGCUGAGAGAAAACCUCCACUGUUUAAUAUGAAUGCGAUGAGUGCCUUAUACCAUAUAGCGCAGAAUGAAAGCCCCACUCUGCAGUCAAGUGAAUGGACAGAUUACUUCAGAAAUUUUGUAGAUUCUUGCCUCCAGAAAUUUCCUCAAGACAGGCCCAACUCUGAGGAACUUUUAAAGCACGCAUUUGUGCAGCGGGAGCGACCUGAAUCUGUCCUCAUGGACCUGAUCCUGAGGACCAAGGUUGCGGUGCGGGAGCUGGACAACCUUCAGUAUCGCAAGAUGAAGAAAAUCCUCUUCCAGGAAGCCCACAACGGCCCUGUAGCCGAGGCACAGGACGGGGAUGAGGAGGAGCCAGAGAACAGUGGCAGGACAGGCACAGUGAACAGUGUUGGCAGUAACCAGUCCAUACCCAGUAUGUCCAUUAGUGCCAGCUCACAGAGCAGCUCUGUCAACAGUCUGACCGACGCUGGAGAUGACAAGAGUGAGAUGGACAUGAUGGAGGGAGACAACACCGUCAUGUCCAACAGCUCUGUCAUUCACAUCAAACCAGAGGAGGAGGAGGAGGAGGAGGAGACGUAUCACCAGGAGUCUGAACCUAACAGCCGGCUGCCCACCGAGCCCCAGUCUGCCCCUGCACACCCUCCACGGCCAAAACACCAGCGCAACCGAGAGCACUUUGCCACAAUACGCACUGCCUCCCUGGUGACGCGUCAGAUGAAGGAGCACGAGCAGGACUCUGAGCUACGGGAGCAGAUGUCAGGCUAUAAGAGAAUGAGGAGGCAGCACCAGAAGCACCUGAUGGCCCUGGAGAACAAGCUGAAGGCUGAGAUGGAUGAACACCGUCUCCGUCUGGACAAAGAGCUGGAGAACCAAAGGAACAGCUUUGCCCAGGAGAUGGAGAAACUCAUUAAGAAGCACCAAGCAGCCAUGGAGAAAGAUGCGAAGACCUUUACCAAUGAUGAGAAGAAGUUCCAGCAGCACAUCCAGAGCCAGCAGAAGAAGGAGCUCAAUAGCUUUCUCGAGUCCCAGAAACGAGAGUACAAACUCCGCAAGGAGCAGCUCAAAGAGGAGUUGAAUGAGAACCAAUCGACCCCUAAGAAGGAGAAACAGGAGUGGCUGUCCAAGCAAAAGGAGAACUUCCAGCACUUCCAGGCUGAGGAGGAGGCUAAUCUGCUGAGGAGACAAAGACAGUACCUGGACCUGGAAUGUCGUCGUUUUAAGAGGAGGAUCCUCAUUGCUCGCCACAACGUGGAACAAGAUCUAGUGAGAGAGGAGCUGAAUAAACGUCAGACUCAGAAGGACCUGGAGCACGCCAUGCUGCUAAGACACCAUGAGUCCAUGCAGGAGCUAGAGUUUGGUCAGGUCAGUACCAUCCAGAAGAUGAGGACUGAGCUAAUCCGCCUGCAGCACCAGACCGAGCUCACCAACCAGCAGGAGUACAACAAGAGGAGAGAGAGGGAGCUUCGACGUAAACAUGUAAUGGAGGUCCGACAGCAGCCCAAGAGCCUCAAGUCCAAAGAGCUCCAGAUCAAGAAGCAGUUCCAGGACACAUGUAAGAUCCAGACCAGACAGUACAAGGCCCUGAGGAACCACCUACUGGAGAGCACACCCAAGUCUGACCACAAGGCUGUCCUAAAGCGCCUAAAGGAGGAGCAGACCCGCAAGCUGGCCAUCUUGGCUGAGCAGUACGACCACUCGAUCAACGAGAUGCUCUCCACACAGGCUCUGCGUCUCGAUGAGGCUCAGGAGGCCCAGUGCCAGGUGCUGAGGAUGCAGCUGCAGCAGGAGCUAGAGCUGCUCAACGCCUACCAGAGCAAGAUCAAGAUGCAGACGGACGCUCAGCACGACCGCGAGAGGAAGGACCUGGAGCAGAGAGUGUCCCUCCGGAGAGCCCUGCUGGAGCAGAAGAUUGAGGAGGAGAUGCUGGCCCUUCAGAAUGAGCGUUUGGAGAGGAUCCGUAGUCUGCUGGAGCGCCAGGCCCGGGAGAUCGAAGCUUUCGACUCAGAGAGCAUGCGUCUAGGCUUCAGCAACAUGGUGCUGUCCAACCUCUCCCCAGAGGCUUUCAGCCACAGCUUCCCUGGGGCCCCCGGCAGCUGGGCCCACCAGACACAGCACCACUCUGGGGGCUCCCAAGGGCCCCACUGGGGCAGUGGAGGAUCUGGGCACCAAGGCAGUCAACACCAAUAUCACUCUGGUCAGGGAGGGUUCCCCAUGCAGCAAGCUUGGAGCCAAGCCAUGCAGGGCGGAGUGGCCCCUCAGCCAUGGGGCCAUUCCUCGGCAGGACCCCUGGGGGCCAGAGGCAGUGGUGUGCAGAACAGCCCCCAGGCACUGAGCAGGACAGCUUCAGGUGGGCGCAGUGAGCAGGCUAUGACCAGGAGCACCAGCGUCACUUCUCAGAUAUCCAACGGGUCGCACCUUUCUUACACAUAGACUCCCAGCCAGCCCAGCUGGGCCCAAUUGUCAGGAGUAGGAGAGUCCACAGAGCAGAGUGGGACAGUGCAAGUUGAGCUCCACCACACCACCACCUCUAUUUCCCCUUUUCUCUAACCUCUCUCUCCUGUCCUGUGUACAGAUGUGGAUAUGUGGGGAAGUUAAUGUUGCUCAGGUCAAAAGGGCUGAAAGAGGCACGCCCCCUCUACACAAUAGUUUAUUAGCACGCAUACAGAUCACGUCAUCUGUUUCUUUAUCAACACUUAAUACUUCCAUUGGUCUUUACAGCGCUUCCUCUUUUUUGAAUUAAUUUUCAUGUACUUACAUAUGUGCUACUGUCUGCUCCACUGAGGCCAGGUUUGCCAUCUGCUUUUAACGUUGCUUAGUGUCUUCUGUCUACCAAUUACAGGAAGCUAAGGCAGCCCAGGACCCCCCCCCCCCCCUUUAUAUUUGAUCAGGCAUUGGCCUAUCUAUCCAGUUACUUUGAGGUCAAAAUACCAGAGAAACUCCACUGCAUUAAAACCCUCUUUAUGCCAGCCUGCUAUUAAGGUCAUUUAAGUUGCUGAAAUAACUUUUGAAAUCUGAAGAAUGUUUUGCGUUAAGAUACUCUAUAGAGUAGCUUGAUGAUGCCUGAAAUAAAUGUAUGUUGGUUUGAAAUGGUUUCAUAGAUUUUAGAUGGUGAAGGACACUGGGGCACAAUUUUGUUUGCUUGUAUUUUGGUCAGCUUUCAUUGAACUAAGCAGUUUAUAUUAAAACAGUUCUUAAACCAGCUACUAUCAGCACCUGUUGCAGAAAUGUGGUGGUUAUUUUUUAAGAUUGUUACUCUUUAAGAAUCAGCUGGUUUUGUGGAGUUUGAUGAUAAAUUAUGUUUUAGCUGUUCUUAUUUGUUGUGAUUUUAGGAAUUGAAGCUGUUUGGAGCAAGAGAAAAUGUUUUAGCAGAUUUUUUUGUUGUGAAUUUCAGAAACAUUUUAGAGUUAGACCUGCAGUUUGAAAUAUUUAAAUGUUAAUAUUUACCUUAUUGGAGAAGCAGUUACAGAGAGGUAACUUAUCAUUGAGCAAUUUGCCAGCAUUUGGUGACCUGUCUUUUUUAUUUUGUCUCCCUGUAGGAGUUUAAGCUGCUAAUUAAUACAUUUGCCAAUAACAUUGCUGAAGUAGUAUAUUCAUAUUUUAUAUGCUACUCUUUUUGUCUUUUUCUGUUGCAAAGGUUGAGGUCCAAGCUAACCAUAAAUUCAGCAUUAGCCAUAUUCAACUCAGGUCUGUACUGCUGUACUUCAGGCCAGUGUUAUUAUUGUUAAUUUAGGUGAGUGUCUCAUAGCAUUACUAUUUCAGCCAAACCCAAGGGACAUGGCAGAGCCGGAGCCAAAACUAAUGACCUAAAGCUUAUUAAUAGUCCUGUGAAAUUGUGCCUUUAUACCCUGAUACUGAUAGUCUAAGUGUACAAGAACAUUCAUAUUUCAAACAAUUUUUCACUGUUUUAAAUCCUUUUAUAGUUUUACCAAGUUUGUAUUACAUUUCAUUUUCACAUUGGAUUAUGUGACUGGUCAAGGAGGAUGAUCUGCAUAAUUCACGCUGGGCAGAUUUAUCAUCAGGCUCAAGAGCAAAGACAGACUGUAAUAAGAACCCUGACAAUUAUCAGUUAAUUUAAUUUUAGUGCCUUUUAAAUUCUGUUGCCUUGUCAAAGCACUUUAUACAGCAGAGAAAAUGUAUAUGGUUAAAUGGGUGGCAGUUUAAGGCCUAGCCAUCUGGAUAGGUGUUGGAAUCUAGUGGGUUGCUCUAGUGGUUGAAGUAUGGACGUACCAGCUAAUAAUGGGUCUUAUAUGGAGUAAAGAUUUGAAAACCUUGGGCUAAGUGAAGGAGCAGACUCAUAGCAAUGUAUAGAUAUAUUUAUAUGGCUGCGUAUCUUUCAUUUGUGGCUAGAAUAAAGCUGAUUGUAGAGUAUUAUAAGACAAGAUAUUUGGUUAAAACAACAUUUGCACGUUCCAGGCCAGGUUUUUACAUGAAAGAAGGGAACAUAGAGAGCAGAGCUCCAUUUGUAUACAGAAAAUUAUAUGGGUUCAGAAUGUGUUUGAAAGGGAAAUAUUGAAAUUUGCUAUGUGAAGGCUGUUUUUGACCAUGACAGCAGGCUUGGCAUGGAGGUGUAUGUGGAAGCAGGUUAAUGUAAUUCAGUCAAAAAUGUUUUCAAAUUAUAAUAGUCCUCAAUAUAAACAACACUAACAACUCUUCGAUCAGAGAUACAUAUCACACUACCCAAAGAUUAACAGUGGCUGGUAAAUUUAAGUGCAAAUAAUUGUUAGUGACUGCUGUUCAGCAUGUAAAUGGAACACUAACAAAUUGCACAUUCUAUGUUGGUGAGCAAUUUGAAAGUGGUUAAAGGUGUUAAAGCACUUACAUAGUCAUUUACUUUGCCAAAGGUGGUUCGAUACCUGAGAACUUUUUAUCUUUUUUUCUCAAACUUCAUUCUUUCACACUAUGCUUGCUUUUAGGAUGAGGGUUACUCUGUAUGGAGAUCUAAAACACUUUAAACGCAUACAUGUGUAUUGAAAUGGCCUCUGGGGGUUAAAAAGACCUAGAGAUGGAGACACCUUAAGUAAUAUAUCCUCCUAUGAAUCAUUGAAAUGUUCAUAUUGUGUAUAUCUACACUUUCUGGGAUUUCAGUUUAAAAUGAAAUUUGCAUUGUGACAAAAUCAUAAAUCAUCUCGAAGAAUAACAUUAGUUUACUCUACAGACGUUAUCCACAUCUCAACUUAAGAUUGGUAUGAAGUCUAAAAGUAACUGAUGAAAAGUGAUCUAGGUUGUGUGCAUACUGAUCCCUACUGCUUUUUGUGCAUGGCAUCCAUAGUGUACACUGUUCUUUGGUUUUACAGUCACUCAGUUUAUUGUUCCCCACGCAAUCGGGGAGGGUGCUAUGGAUAGGUUUCGGUGCAUGCAUUCAUAUAAGCAUAUCUCUGACACCAGUAGCGCCAUUUUAACCAACAUUGAGUAAAGGAUUGUUCUUGCCAUAGAGAUCUGGCAGUUUUUUCUGUCUAUAUCUACACUGAUUGACAUGGUGUUGGUGCAAUAACAAGUGACUGAUUAUGCAAACUUUACAACAUCUCACAACUUACCCCAUCUGACCUAAAGUCAUGAAAUUAGGUACACAUGUCCAUCUCCACAAGGAACUAUUCUGCCAUGAACCCAUAGCCAUGAUGUAUUUUCUGCCAUAUAAUAUUUGUGAAAACACUGAAAAUUCUACUCUGGCACCGAAUGACUGAUCUCUAUAAACAUUUACAUGAAUGUGGUCUGGACUAUAUAUAGUCUAGACCACAUAUAUAGUAUAUACAGAUCCAUCUGUCAAGGAUAUUUGCAUUGUAAUAACAUUUGGUAGUGUUGCAGACACUAUCAGGACUUAACAUAUAAACAACAUAAUGGCGCUUUAACAGCACAUUUGUCUUAUGAUCUGUUUGACUUGACUUUGGAAAUUUGGCACACAUGCUCAGGGAUGAGUCUUGUUAACCCACAUAAUGUCCAACAACAGUGUACUGAUUUUGAUUAAAACUUGGGUAAUUGAUUGCAACUUGCCAUAGAGAUCAGUCAUUUCCUUCCUAAUACAUGGUAUUGGCCAAAAGGGGGUGCUACAUUCUUUGUGGGGGGCGACAUGUUUACUGAUGCGGUGUUAUUCAUUCCCCCUCAUGAGUCUGUUGCAAUAAGUCUGUGCUUUUUUCUUCUCCUAUCCCAUCCUCUCUACAUUCACAUGUACCAGAUUAGAAUAGUAAAUAUUCUGAUUUGUGUUAUUGUUGAAUGUGAUGCUGCCAUUGUAUGCCAACAUUAAUUUAAAAGUUGGUAAAAUGCUGGAAUAAGAUUAAUUGCUUGCAUAUUUAAAUCCCCCAUUAAAAUGUUUCCAUUUCUGGA